UGAAUGUUUACAUAGAGGUAGGUCCAUUUGGUAGACAAUUCGAUGGAGAAAGGGGAAGAAAGCACAAGGCCUACCAGCAGUGCUACAAGGCCUGCCAGCACUACUGCAAUGACACAGGAAAUACCAAGAUCAUUUAUCCAGAUUGGUCAGCAUAUAACAGAUAUAUGCAUGGUUAUCAUGGGAUGAUGCCACCUACAUUUUUCCCACCGUUUGCUCCUCGUCCAAAUGCCGACCCUUAUUCAUGGAGAAACGAGCAGCCAACGGGAGUACCGUUUAGACUACCAAUUGCCUAUCAAAUUCCCUAUCCGGGAUAUUCAAGUAAUCCUAAGGACAUGACAAAACCCUCCUCGUCUACUAGGCGAUCGUUGUUUUCUUCUGAAAGCAAUACUUAUCAGGAUAGCUCAAAUGUGGGAGACGAGUUCAUUGAACAAGAGCAAGCAAGUCAACUUCAGGAUGAGGUCUUGAGUGGCGCUCCAAGAACAGAUGAGGUCUUGAGCACAAGUGGCGUUGCAGCAACAACAGAUGAGGUCUUGAACACAAGUAGCGUUGCAGUAGUAACAUAUGAGGUCUUGAACACAAGUGGUGUUGCAGCAGUAACAGAUGAGAUCUUGAACACAAGUGGCGUUCAAGCAGCAACAACAGAUGAGGUCGUAUUUCAUGGCACACAACAAAGUGUCAUUAGCCAGGUGAAUCUUCAACAUUGUUAGUUUGAGUGGUGUAUUAGAAGUUGACAAUAACUUUAUGCCUG